UUCGCGCCGCUCCAUUCACUCGCUCGCGCGGGUAUAUUAUAAUUUUACAGCCGGUGUCGUCCCUUUGCCUUUUUUAUUUUGUUGUCAAACGGACGCACAAGUGAAUACACGAGAGGGUUUUCGUGCGUGACCACUGUCUUGGUUGUUGUUUUGGUUGUCAAGUAUUGAUUAUUGUUUUGUUUGAUUGAACGACGCCAGUGAUCAUGAAGAUGAUGCUUGUGCAGUUGUUGGCCCUGGCCCUUUUGGUGGGGGAUCGAGUUUCCGGCUAUCCGCAGGAUCGAGGCUUACCAGAUGGAGCUACCGUUCCCCAGCAGUCAAGAACCGGUUACGAGGACUCGGAGGCAGCGGCAUCGGAGACCGGAGGCGCGGAGGAGGCCUACGAUGACGGGGACGACUCGGACAUGUACAUGGAACCGGACGGCGCUGAGAGCGCCCACGCCGACGCCAGACACGAGCCCGAGGACCCACCACCGCUGCACCACCAGCAUCGCGACGAGUCCGAGCGGCCCACCAUGCCCCACAUGACCAUAGUCGCGGUGCGGCCGGCCCAAACCUCCAUCCAGGUGACCUCCAGCGAAUCCACCGAGACAUCAUCCUCCUCGUCGACACCCACAGCGUCCGGCCAGCCGGAGGAGCGCGAGGAGGAGCGCAGCCUCGAGACCGACAGCCAGAACUUCUUCCCGUCGUUCGCCGAGCUGUUCGGCGGGCCUCGGCUCCCCUUCACCGAGCACCAGCAGCAACAGCAGCGCUACCGGCCGAGCCGCUUCCUCGGCUACUUCCAGCGCGACAGCCGUCCCUACGCCGUGGCCGCCUCCUCGGCCAAGGAGGGCCACCAGCCGGCGAUCCUGGGCUCGGGCAACUUUGGCGUCAUCCGUGGUGGCACCUACUACCCCGAGGACAAGGAGACCGACGAGUACGGGCUGGAGGACGCGCCGGGUUACGGCCCGUUCUACCACGGGGCAGGUCGGGCCAGGCCCUCCUACUACAAGAACCCGAAGCCCCAGCCCGUCCACGGGGGUGACUUUUUCGCCAACUUCCGGGACUUUGCCGAUAUAACAGCGCCGCCCAAGUCGAGCUUCUCCCACCUGUCGGUCGUCUACGCCAACAAGAACGGCAGCAGCGCGGGUCGGGCGCCGGUGGACCAGCCUAGGAACAUCAUCGAGACCCUGAGGAUGCUGGAGGAGGAGGAGGAGGCCGGGACGACGGAGACGCCGCCCCAGAAGAAGCUCAGCCAGGGCAAGAGGAAACUGAUGAAGAUCAAGAAGUACCAGGACGAGAAGGCCAGAAAGUCGCGCAUGACCAUCGAGCCCCUGCUCGCGCUCAGCUGAGCUACUCGCUCGCGACGAUGA